AUGGCCAGGAUGGAAAUUAUGCUUGCAAACCAUGGCAAGGAAUUUGAAAACAUGAAAAAAAUCAAGGAAAAAGUGAGAGGGAGAAUAAAGAGCCGAGAAGAGGUUAUUAAGAAUCUCAAAUCUCAAGUCAGACAUCUUUCACAGCAAAUUCUAAAGUCCACUGACAGUUUCCCAAGUGACACUGAGAAAAAUUCAAGAGGGGAAAUGAAGAAGGUAAGAUGGGAAGAGUGUAAGGAAGUGACUCUUGCAAAUGAAGAAAUCCUGGAAGAAGAUACUAGUAAGCCAAUAGAACACAGCCAAGGGAGUUCCCAGAACAACAUGGAGAGAAAAGAACAGGAAAAUGGAUCUGUACAAAGAAAAGAAUCAACAGGGAAGGAAAUUCAGAAAUCCUAUGUGCCAAGGGCACCAUUUCCUCAGAGACUCCUGGGAGGUGAGAAAGAAAGUGUCAACAUCCCCUUUAUCAAAACUCUCCAACAGGUGCCUACAUACAUCAAGUGCAUGAAAGAGCUGCUAAACAAGAAAGGAACCUUAAAAGGGGGACAGACUGUAACAAUGAACAAGGACUGUAGUGGCCUCAUCAAGAAGGACAUGCUCCUAAAGAAAAAAGAUACAGGGAGCUUUCAUAUUCCCUAUGUCAUAGGAGAAACAAAAAUUGACAGAGGAUUUUGUGAUCUAGGAGGUAGCAUAAAUGUGAUGCAUCUGUCUCUUAUGAAGAAGUUGCAAAUCAAUGAGCUAAAAUUCACGGAUGUAAUCAUACAAUUGGCUGAUAAAACUCAGAAGCAGGCUGAAGGAGUAGUCGAAAAUGUGUUCGUAAAAGUGGGAAAUUACUUCCUCCCCACAUAUUUUGUUGUUCUGGACAUGGAGGAAAGUUACCUCCACCCCAUUAUUCUGGGGAGACCAUUUCUAGCCACUGCUAGAGCACUUAUAGAUGUGGAACAAGGAGAGUUAAUCUUGAGAAUACAUGAUGCGCAUCUCACCUUCCAUGUUUUCAAACCUACAUCUGAAUCUGAGUUAGAACCUAUUAUGAGGGUUACCUAA